AGUUUACGUUCUGAUUUGGGAAAGCGUGCACUCUGUGGCGUCUGUCAGCCAAAAGGCCGGUGGUCUGUGGUUGAGUAUCCUCUGCGUGGAGCUGCCUGGCUCAUGAACCAUGCAUUCCGCUUUGAUCCACGCCGUCCUGAGCAGCUCUCCUGACUACGACCUUCUGUUGGACUCCUUGUGCUGGCCGGCCGAGUCGUGGCCGCAGACGGAGCGGGUCGAGGCGCUCACGGCUCUCGUGCAAGCGCUGCGACCCGCCCUGACCGACUCGGACUCGGACGCGGCUCCGGCUCCGCUGACAGCUGCGAGCAGGAGUUCCAUCCGCGACAGAAUCGAGUCGGUCAUCUGGGCCAGAUGUCUGCCUUUCCUGUGCAGAAUCUCUGCAGAACCGGGGGACGAGGCGCGCUGCAGGGAGAGCGCAGCCGCGGUCUGCGGGCUCCUCGGCGCCUGCGUCGGCGUGUGCGGCGAAGGCGUGCGGGCAAAAGUGGUGUCGUCCACCCUGCAGUCGUUACAGCGGGUUUCAGAGGAGGAGAUGCUUGCACCGGGGACCCUGAGCGUGCAGGUCGCGACGGAAGUCCUGGCGGCUCUCAUGCCUCUUCUUACCGCGGAUGAAAAACUCACGCUUGACACUUUGAACUGUGCGCUGUCCUCCAUCAGGUCGCUGCCCGACGAUCUGGUGUCCAAAGUUGUGCUCAGGGUAAUCUUAACCUUGCUCAGCUGCUGCGGCGAGGCGAGCUCCGACCGCGUCCCCAAGCGCGUCCUGGAGCACGUCUGCAGCUGGCACUCCACGGAGCGCACGCCGGGCGUCACCCGGAGGACGCUGCUGUGUCUGACCGUCCUGUCCGACCACCUCCUGGACUCUCACAGCCCCGCCCCCUCCCGGUCCCGCGACCCACGUCUGUGUCCUCAGUUCUGGAGAAUGGUUCAGGACGGGCUCACACAUGGGGACAGCUUGACGCGCAAGAGGGCACUGUAUCUGUUGAAAAGAUGCGCUGCGCUUUCCGAAGUGGAGGGCUUUGAUUGCCAGUCCUCCACAUCAGAGGAAGGGGAGACGUUGUUCAAAUGGGCCCCCGACAAGAGCAGGCUGCUCAGAGAGUUCUGGGAGGAUUACACUCUGGUGAUGGAGACUCUGGAGGAGAAUCAGGUUCAUGUCGUCCGGCCAGUUUUGAACAGAAUAGACGCGCUAAUCCAAGCGACGGUGGAUGAUGGUCAAGGCUCGGGCCUCUUCCACCCCUGCUGGCUGCUGUGCGUGUACCAGCGCAUGUUCCACAGCGAGAACAAAUCCUUGAUGAGAGAAGGCGUGUGCCACCUGCUGGAGCUGCGGGCUCUGCAGCAGCCGGCCUUCGCUGCGGCCUUUUCUCAGUUUGUCGUCGGCUCCUUCAUGAAUGUUCUCUCUGAGACGUCCCUCUUCUGUAGGUCACCAGGGCAGAGUGUGGGGGAGUGUCCUGAGCUGGCGGUUAAGCUCCAAGAUUUCUUGGUCACCUUCUUCACCAGCCUGCCGCCAGAGGACAGAGGCCGUGUGUUGCUUCAGCUGAUUCAGCAGCUGGGCUCCAAGCACUGGUGCGCGGUGCCGCUCCUCUUCGUCUGUCAGGCUCUGUCCAGACUCCCUCCAAGUCCCCUGCUGAGGAACAGCGGGCUCGCUGCUCUACGGGAGGUCCUGCGCUGCACCAUGAUCACCCAUCAGGUGCUGCUGAGAGGAGCCGCGCAGUGUUUCUUACUGAACGGCGCCCUCUCCCUGACAGAUGUGAGCGAAGUCACCAGAGAUGAUCUGUUCAGCUUCCUGAUGCAUUUCCGUGCUGAUGAGUCUCUGUGUCGAGGCACAGAGCUGUGGAAUGAGGUUUGCUCCUGGUUGUUGGAACAUGAAUGCAGUUUCAAGUCUGAGAUUAGGGACGGCGAUGGCCUCGAUCAAAAGGAAACGAUGCGACCUUAUGUUCAACAAGAGGUGCUCGCUUAUCUCCGUGUUCCAGCGAGCACAGGUCAGCCGGAAAGGUUACCUGACGCUAGAGAGGCCGAUAAGCUGGCCAGGGCCAUCCUGCUGUGCGUGGACGCGGAGAGGCGGCGACUGGGAGCGGAAAGCAGCGACGCUCUGGAGCCGCUGCUGUCUCCGCUGCUGGACACCCUGAGCAGAGUCUACACCAACAUCUACCUGCCUGUCCGCAAGAGUGACAAGAGUCUGCAGCUCACGCUCAGGCUGCUGCAGCUCUGCUCAGGGCCACGCGGUCACCGCCAAGAGGACGAUGUGACGUCUGCCAUCGAACGAGCCUUCUUCAAACUCGUCGAGCCCAUCCAGAAUUUCAUCCUGAGGAGGCUGUGCGGGGAGCUGCAGGAGAUCUUUGAUGUGGAACGGGCAGACUUGUAUCUCUGUGUCCUGAGGCAGCUGGCUGUUUUGUGCAGCUCUCCCUCUCGGUGCUCCAGGAACAUUCAACACUAUGCUUGCCCUAAACUGAUCAAGUACAGCCUUUCAGUCCUGCUGGAGCCCACCCAGCAGAUCCCGUCUGUGGCGAGCCAGGUGUCUAAGGCGGUCAGCAUGGCGUCUUUGGCUGCCGUGUCUGGUCUGUUGCGGCAGGGAGGAGCCGGCAUGCCAUCGGAGACCGUCUCCGCCCUGCGGUCCCUGAAUGAUUAUUUCUACACUUCGGGGACUUCCUCGGAACCUCAGCCGUCUCUCGGAAACAUUAAUAAACGCUUGGUGAAGCCACAGCUGUUAGACGGUUCAAGUGACCUUGUAGCCCAAGGCCUCCUGCAGCAGGACUGGGGACGCAUUGCUGCGAACUUCCUGCGGGACCAGUGGAUUUGUCUAAACUUCCUGAUCAGGGCGGUAGGGACCCCAGAGUCUGCAGAGAUGCCCAAAGGGUGCGCGACCCUCGGAGCUGCUCUACGCUGCGGCGUCGAGGCUCUGGCUCUGCUGCCCAGUGACCUCGUGCUGCCCGUCCUCAGCUUUAUGAAGGCGGCGCUGCCACGUUUGGUGGACGAUGAGGAGGACCUCUGUGUGCAGGCGCUGACUAUGAGUUGGGAGCUCGUACAGGGGCUCAGCACCAACGCUCAUGACUUCUGGCCAGCUCUGAAAGCCUUCGUCUCCCUCGCCUUUCAGCACAAACUCCUCAGCCCGACGCCUCAUCAGGCUCCGACCCUCGCAAAUGCACUGAAGAAGGUUUUCGCAGAGUUACUGGAGCUGUCUCAGUCUAAAGGCGGAGUAUUUGGCGUGCUCCUUCAGCACUGCUGUCAGACCUGGCUGCCCAGUGAGCAAGGCAGCGGGGAGCAGGCCGACGCUGUGUUUUCUAGUGUUUUUAACCACCUGGACAUAGUCUCUGAGGCUUGUGUUUAUGGACCAGUGUUCAGGAGAGAUCAGCGGCUCGUCCAGGACGUCCAAACAUAUGUGGAGCAACUUGGUGAGAAGUGUACCGCUAAUGUUACAGUUGCGAGCGAUAACAGGGAUGACCAGCUGCCCCGCGUAUGCGUGCUGGCUUUUCUUAGCCGCCUGGACCCCUACGUCCAGCAGCAUCAAAGGCUCAUGGAGGAGCUGGUGAUGGAGCUACUGAGAAAGGACCGGCUCAUAUCCCGGUCCAAAGUCCGGUACUAUAGUAACUCCCUGCAGCACCGGGUCAAAAACAGAGCAUGGCAAACUCUGCUGCUGUUGCUCCCCAAACUCAGAGAGGAGUUUGUUGCCACUCUGCUGGACCACGUGUUUGAAGCUGGAUUUAGCAGCAACCAGCCGUCGGUGAAGUACCUGAUCGAGUGGGCGAUGAUCCUCAUCCUUGUCAAGUAUCCGCAUCAUCUGGACAGAUUCUGGACCUGCUUCAGCCUCGAUCAGGAAAAGACGAAGACGAGCGUUUGCACCUUCCUGUCUGUCCUGGUGCACCUCAGCGUCAUUGUCCCACAUGUCGAGGAGAAGGUGGUGCAGCUGCGUAAAGCGCUGGACGUCAUCCUGCAGUCGUGUUUCAACCACAACUUCAGCGUGCGCCUGUACGCCUUACUGGCCCUGAAGAGGGUGUGGAGCCUGGCGGAAAGCCUGACGGAGGAGGCCGACGCUUUCAGAGGCCUGUCCUCCGUGGUGACGGCCUGUCUGAGCCAGGCCGAGGCCAUGCAGAGCUCCGGAAAUGCCAACAAGAACUGGGUGAGGAUUCAGCGACACUUCUUCUUCAGUGCCUUUCAUCCCAUCUCGGAUUACAGUGUGGAAACAAUAUUCCACACUUUUCCUAGCCUGUCUGAGUUGGCCGACGACGAGUGGGUCCCACCGUGGAAGUUUGAAAAGCUGUCUUUCUUUUCCCAAAGUCCGUCGUUGCCGUUGAGGAAUGCCACUCCUGACUUGGGCCAGCUCCAGCCUGGAGAUUGGGUCCAGCAAGACCAAAGCGAGCAGGAUAAGGAGGAGCGCUGGGCCGAGGUGCAGAAGAAGAUCACACCCUGGAGGUUAGGGGUCCACGAGCAGGAACCCGAGCUGAAGCUGGUUCCAGCACAGAGGGCGGCUCGGCUGGGCAAACAGCACGGCGCCCUGCUGGUGGUGGCCUCGCUGAUUGACAAGCCCACUAAUUUAGGAGGUCUUUGCAGAACAUGUGAGAUAUUUGGGGCCAGCGGUCUGGUCCUGGACACGCUCCACCAUCUCAAUGACAAACACUUCCAGUCCCUCAGCGUCUCAUCUGAGCUCUGGCUUCCUCUGUUAGAGGUGAAGCCUGUGGAGCUCUCCGGCUUCCUGCAGGUAAAGAAGAGCGAAGGGUACUGCAUCGUCGGAGUGGAGCAGACCGCCAAUAGCCAGAGCCUCCAGGACUUCAAGUUCCCUGAGAAAACGCUGCUACUUCUGGGCAACGAACGGGAAGGUAUUCCCGCCAAUCUGCUCCAGAUGUUGGACGUGUGCGUGGAGAUCCCUCAGCAAGGCAUCAUCCGCUCGCUCAACGUGCACGUCAGCGCUGCCCUGUUGAUCUGGGAAUAUACACGGCAGCACCUCAUCCCCGGAUCAAACGAAGGCGACCAACAGCGCGGCUGAAGAAGAAGCAGACAUGGCACCGCAGCGCCACUCUGAUCCUGAACAAGCUUACGCACAGUUGGUGUGUUUCAGGACCAUCAGGACUUUUCUGUUCUGUUUUGGCCCAGACUCCUGUCUUAUCCCUUUCAUAAGAUUCCUGCAAGGGGAUCAGUUAUUUUAUCUAAAU